UGCGAAGAAAAGGUAUGCCAAGUUUAGUAACUCUUGUUUGUUCGUAGCCUUGCAAGAGUGUCCGGCUGAGAAAGCAAAUUGCGAUGAUACCUACACUUAUGAAGGCUUUGACAGAACGGGACAAAUAUGCACCGACACAGAUAUUCCACCGCCGACAUUACCCCCACCACCGACAACAACUCCACCUCCGACGACCACUCAGGCAACCACUACGGAUCCACCAACUACAACAUCUACAGCAUCAUCAACAACAGUAGCAGCAAUAACGUCAGGCGAAGUGUACAGUACGAGUUCACCAGGAGCAGAUACCUUGACGGGUCACCCAGGCGAUCCAGUAAUCUCUCGGACCAAGGAGCCAGCAGAAAAUACUACCGAGGCCACAAUGAGACCUGGCGCAGGGGAAAUCUUAACAACCACAAGAAAAACCUCUGUUGGCACAGAUGAACCUAGGCGUCCGACUGAACAAUUCGUGUUGGGAAAAACAACAAGAGCGAGCCAAGUGACCAGCGUGACUACACUAGCGGCAGAUACGUCCACAGCAAGCCCACCUUUGACCAAGGGACCAGAUGGAAGCACUACAAAAACAACCAAAAUUCCCGGACCCGGUAAAACCCACAUAUCCACAGGCAAACCAUCUAUUACUGAUAACACCAAACACAAGACCUCUCCAUCAAGGUCAUCAGAUACGUCCGCUGGGAAAGCAGAGGGGAAAGGGGGGAAGGAUGAAGAGCCGACAAUUGUACCGGAAAUGACGACACAGGGAGCUGGGUCUUCUGGAACAGGAGAAAGUGGAACAGGGACUUCGGAUGUACAGAAGACAGAGGGCGGCAGUGGGGAUAGUACGGGCGAAUCGAAAUAUGAAGGCAUCAAAGUGAUCUGCUCUAAGCAGGACAUGGAAGUGAGGCUAUACAUGGAGUACUUCGAACGGUUAUCCAUCGACUCACUUAGACUGAGUGACCGCGCCUGUAAGCCCGUAGUUACAAAUGAGACGCUAGUCUUCUUUAAAGUACCGCUGGACGGAUGUGGGACGGCUCACAACGUGACAGAAGACAGCAUCGUGUAUUACAACGCCAUUGAAGGGGAGAGUUGGGAAGAGCGACACGAGCUUAUCACCAGGAAGUAUCACGCAAGGUUUUCGUUUGACUGCAAGUACGCGAGGAAAAGGGUUUUAUCGGUCAUCAGUUUUUCACCGAGAAAAAAGAUCGUCUACUCCACUAAAGAUGAACGUGGCAACUUCACAUAUAUAAUGGACCUUUACCACACCCCUCGAUACCAGAAACCCUUCAACGAGUACCCGGUCCAUGUGUUGCUAGGGCAACCGCUGUACGUGCAGGUGGUCGUCAAGGCGGACGUGAGCCUAGUGGUAUUUCUAGACACGUGUCGUGCCACGCCCACUAGCAGCUAUGAGGAUCCUAGAAGUUAUCAGUUCAUAGAGAAGGGUUGUUCACGUGACAUGACUCUGCAGUACAGCUACACCAUGUCAGCGGUCCAACAGUUUAGUAUAAGCGCUUUUCGAUUCGUUAAUAUGACCGGCUCGUCCAAAAUCUAUCUCCACUGCCUUGUUCAUGUUUGCCCGAGGUCACAGAAUGAUUCCGUCUGCGCUCGCGGAUGCAAUGACGGGAGACAGCGGAGAGCUUCUAUUGAACAGGUGCAGUCCCUGGAUGUCUUAACCUUGGGACCACUGAAUCUAUUCGAAGAUAAUUCAGGCCUCCCGCUAGCCAGAAGCCGCCGUAAUGAGGCCCUUGUUGUUUGGCUAUCCGUGGCGUUGCUAUGUGUGAUUGUCAUCGCUCUUGUCACCGCAAUCGUCAUGGUAACGAUAAGGAAAAGGCCACGCCCAGUAGCAGCCCAUAAUAAGCAAUACAUAUCUAUAACAGACUCUAGUCUCUGAUAGUCCGUUGUUAUUAUAUUGUUGUCAUUAUCAUUUUGUAAAUAUGAUUAAAUUCGGGCCAGGAUAUGUUCUUUUUAUCUUCAAAGUACGGGGAAGGAAAGCGAGUUAUAAUUCAAGGAAGCGAAUUAUAUAUUUUGCCAUUACUAACAUCUGAAAACCAUAUCAAAAACAUCAAUGAUUGAAACUCACAUUUAAAACAAAAUCCUUUAUUCAACUUCUAACAUAUAGUUACAUUUUAACAAAUUAUACUACAGAUUAUAUUUUAAAAAAUAUUCAAUUGAUAACAAGAACUAGAAAAUGUAUAACGUAGUAAAAAUGAUUAAAACAUUUUCUAAAAG